ACUGACCUCUGACCUCCUCUUGUCACCACAGUGCUCAGCAUCCGCGGUGCCCAGGAGGAGGAGCCUCCGGACCCCCAGCUCAUGCGCCUGGACAACAUGCUGUUGGCGGAGGGCGUGUCGGGGCCGGAGAAAGGCGGGGGCUCGGCAGCAGCAGCGGCUGCGGCAGCCGCCUCGGGAGGCGUGGGGGCCGACAACUCAGCCGAGCACUCGGACUACAGGGCCAAGCUGUCCCAGAUCAGACAGAUCUACCACACAGAGCUGGAGAAGUAUGAACAGGCCUGUAACGAGUUCACCACCCACGUCAUGAACCUGCUGCGGGAGCAGUCGCGCACGCGGCCCAUUUCACCCAAAGAGAUCGAGCGCAUGGUGAGCAUCAUCCACCGCAAGUUCAGCUCCAUCCAGAUGCAGCUCAAGCAGAGCACGUGCGAAGCUGUCAUGAUCCUGCGCUCCCGCUUCCUCGAUGCCAGGCGGAAAAGACGAAACUUCAACAAGCAGGCAACGGAGAUCCUGAACGAGUAUUUCUACUCACACCUCAGCAACCCCUACCCCAGCGAGGAGGCCAAAGAGGAGCUGGCUAAGAAGUGUGCCAUCACAGUGGCCCAGGUUUCCAACUGGUUUGGGAAUAAAAGAAUCAGAUACAAGAAAAACAUUGGUAAGUUCCAAGAAGAAGCCAACAUGUAUGCUGCAAGAACUGCCGUGAAUGCGGCUAAUGCAUCCUCACAUGGAAGCCAAGCAAAUUCACCCUCCACUCCAAACUCUGCAGGUUCUGCUGGCUCUUUUAACAUGUCAAACUCCGGGGACUUGUUCAUGAGCGUGCAGUCUCUCAAUGGGGACUCGUACCAAGGGGCUCAGGUGGGAGCCAACGUGCAGUCGCAGGUGGAUACCCUUCGCCAUGUUAUCAGUCAGACAGGCGGAUACAGUGAAGGACUCACAGCCAACCAGAUGUACAGUCCGCAGGGCAUCAACGCUAACGGAGGCUGGCCCGACGCUCCCACCCCCUCCUCAGUGACUUCCCCCACAGAAGGACCAGGAAGCAUUCACUCUGACACCUCCAACUGAUCCUCCGCUCUCCGACUCCCACCCACCGCUCUCCUCCCCCCCACCCCCACCCCCACCCAUCCUGCAGGACUGGAUGUGACUCGAGGCAGUCGGGGUCUGGGGACAAUGCUUCCACCAUUUUUGUAGUUUUUUUUUCCUCUUUCUGUCUGGACCUCCUCAGCAGCUUCGCCAGCCUGCAGAGAGAACUCACGUCUGGGCUUCACAGUUUGUAUAUUUUCCACUCGAUGUCCAAGUUGCCUCUUUGUAUUUCACUUUCUAUCAUGAACUCCUACUGUCCGCUCCCAGCCCACCGAGUGGCCACAUGAAACACACUCAUGCUACCUCUGGUUUCAGCUCCAACACAGCAAGCGAUUCAACUGCUCCCAUUUAGCAUUAUCGUUCCCGCAGCCUGAUUGUUUUUACGGAUCCGUCUUGCCAAAGUUCAGCCCUGGAGGUGAAUUUGGGUUCAGUUUUAAUCUCAUUUACUAACAUCCUGCAGAGAUUCAUCCCUCUGAGCUUUUCCGCAUGUUCUCUGCUUACAACCACAAACCUCACCGGGUUUUGAUUGGAUUUUAUGUGAUUGACAACAACAAAAAAAAGUGCAUGAAAAGAAAGAGGAUGAAAAAUGUGGAUAUAUGUUACACAUAAAACUUCUAGAAACAAAUAAAAAUCUGAUAAGUGCGUCAUGAAUUUACAAUCUAUUCAGCCUCCCAUGUUUCAGCAGAUCAGGAGUCAGCAGCCUUUGUCUUCGGUACAACUGAACAAUGAAGCUACACGACCCUUCAAAACAAAAUUACCAUUUUUUAUCAUACCCUUAUUUAUGAUUUUAUUUUUUAAAUUAAAAAAGCACUACAACUUAUUUGAAAAUCAUCAAAUGGAAAUUAAUUAAAAAAAUUUAAUAGAACCUUCAAAUUUUAGAAAAUUUCUUAAAGGGGCAGUGUUGUGUAAAAUCAAAGUUUUUUUAGAUUUACAUCAUGUUAUAUUAUCAUCAAAGACACACUUGGAGUGGUGCUUUGAUUCUUUCAUGCUUGUUUGAGAAAUAAUUUAAUCUCCAUGGCAACCAUUGAGCUGUUCAAAACACCUGGGUGGACCUACCUCCGCCUUCGAAACACAGCUCCUUCUCAGAGCUGCAGUUUCCAAGCUACAGACCUUCUGGUACACAAAGCACAACUCCCUGACUCAGCUCCUCCAGACUAGCCAGCAGUAAUUAGCAAUUAGUGGACCUGAGUAUUUGCUGAGCUUUUUAUAGGACCUUCUAUGCUGUCAAAGUGUUAAUAGAGGAGCCAUGUUGUGAUCUUGUGUUGGUUUGUGGUUGUAAAAUGACAAAAUGUGAGAAAGUAUAAAUAAUUUUGGAAAGGACUGUUUGUUGAGUCAUGUAGUGAAAAAGUAUUGAAGUACUUCUGUCUCUGCGAUUAACAGACUGAAAUGACACAAAUUCAGACAAAUGUCCAGCCGCAUGCAUAAAUCCAGGAAAUAAAAAGAAUCAGAAACUACAGGGAUGUUUCAGCAGGUCAAUAUGACAUGAAGCACAACGCCGCCUGCUGAUUGGAGGAUAGAAAUGGGAGAGAAUAUAACGCUAGACAUGGAAGUAAAUCAGGCCAAAAACUGCUGGUAACCAAAUCUGUUUUGAUGCAUGUCCACACAUGAUCAGAGCUUCACCUUGAGUAAACACCGGACAGAUUUUGUGCCAAAUAUUGAGCAAAAAUCAUUUUUUCUACACAUAACCCGGUGAAAAAUCAAAAGCUGGAAGAAUCAGAAAUAUUUGGCACAGAUAAGUUUCUUUUUUCCUCUUCUCUGUUCGUAAAGAGACAACACUUACCAACGUGCGACCUUUUAUUGUAACGUUUGUCAUCUGAGCCGUACACGACUAGCCGAUGAAAACAUGAACACUACUUUGAUACCAAAAACAAUCGGAUGAGCUUUAGCAGGACCAGUGAGGGAGGGUCCUGUGUUCAAAGCCAAAUAGAUGCAGUGUGAACACAGAGAACCCAGAACCAAACGCACGCCGCUCCCCUGCUUGCACUUCCUGAUGAGAUCUGCGUCUCUUUGGUUUGUUUUGGUCUCAGCUGCGUCUGCUCUGUCUGUACGUCAAUCAGCCCAACAGCGCUCUGUGUACAGUAUGUAGAUAUGCACCUCUUUCACAUCUUUGGAAAUGGAUGGUUUUGUUCUGUUGUUAUGCACUCAGACCACAGACUGAAGCCUGCUGUCCUGACCUGCUUUUUAACGGACAUCUUUUUUAUUUCUUUUCUUUUUUUCUUUUUUUUUUAACCCAACGGAUCUUUAAAUUUGGUCCUCAGAAGUCACAAAAUGUUUUGUUUUUAUUCUUAUUUUCUAAAGAUGUGUUUGUAUUUAUUACACUUGUUUGAAAUCGUGGAUUUCAGAGCUCCAGCGGUGGAGUCUUCACACCAAACCAACUCAUUGGGAUGACUGUGACCCCCCCACCCUGCCCCCUCUCACCUGCAGGGUGGGGGGGGGGACAGAACCUGCCUCACUCAUGUCUUCAGAAGGCAUCGGACAGAACUGACAAGAAGGCAUCGGACAGAACUGACAGCGCCGGCCAUGCAAGGAAAACACAAGAACUGUUUUUUCUUCUUUUUUUUUUUCCCAAAGAAGGCGCAACACUUCUUUUCACAUUUGCCUGUCAAAUAUUACCGAAGCUUCAUGUGAUGACGCUUUUUUAGUUUUGGGAUAUGAAAGGAAGAAAAAAAAAAGAAGAAGACAUGGGAGGAGAAAGGAACAAUUUGUAAAACAUGAAAUGUUUUAUUUGUUGCAUGUCUUUUUGUUCUUCAAUAAAAUAACGUACUGCAGUGUUUUGGAUGUUAUACCGUCUUUUUUUUAAAAUGAGGAUUUCAGAGUGAAACUGUGGAACCUUUUUCUUGACGGGUUUUAACUUUUAAGAUCUCUGAUUAUGUUAAAAAAAAAUAGAAAAAGCAAGUAUCAAAUGAAGAAAUAUUGUCUUUUUAAUCACAAAUCAAACCUGUUUGUCUGUCAAGAACAUUAGCUGGAAGGUGAGGGGGGUUUUCUGCUCUUUAUUUGUACUGGCAAUGCAUACUCCAAAUAAAUCAGGGGGGUUUUGUUGUUGCUUA